AUGUCCAACACCCAGAAGACCCAGAAGCCCAAGGCUGGCCGUUCCGCCAUUGCCGAUGUUGUCGCUCGCGAGUACACCAUCCACCUGCACAAGCGUGUUCACGGUGUCACCUUCAAGAAGCGCGCUCCCCGCGCCAUCAAGGAGAUCAAGGCCUUCGCUGAGAACGCCAUGGGCACUCGCGACGUUCGCCUCGACCCCCAGUUGAACAAGAAGGUCUGGGAGUGUGGUGUUAAGGGUGUUCCUUUCCGCCUCCGCGUCCGCAUCUCGCGCAAGCGUAACGACGAGGAGGGCGCCAAGGAGAAGCUCUACUCCUACGUCCAGGCCGUCAACGUCAAGGACCCCAAGGGUCUCCAGACCACCGUUGUUGAGGACGCAUAA